UAAGAAGGUAGAGAUGGCAGCUAUUGCGCCUUCAGAUUCAGAGAGAAAGAUGGAAGAGAAGAUGGAAUGCGAUCAAAAUAUAAGUGUAGAAAGUAUUUCUGAAGCCGAUCAAAAGCAGCUGGACGCAGGAGCUCUCUUUGUUCUCAAGUCCAAAGGAUCAUGGCUUCAUUGUGGAUAUCAUCUGACGACGUCAAUUGUGGCACCGGGGCUGCUGACUUUGCCAUUCGCGCUGGCAAAGAUGGGAUGGGGGGCCGGCGUGGCCUACCUCCUGGUAGCGGCUGUCGUCACAUUCUACUCUUACAACCUCAUCUCCCUAGUCUUGGAGCACCAUGCACAGCAAGGCAAUCGCCUGCUUCGCUUUAGAGACUUGGCUCGCCUCGUUCUCGGAUCUUUCUGGGGCCGCUACUAUAUUGGUCCGAUGCAGCUCAUACUUUGCUUGGCCUCCGUCGUAGGUGGCAUCCUUCUUGCAGGCAUAACCCUCAAGGCUAUGUACUUAGCUGAGAAGCCACAUGGAACAAUGAAGCUCUAUGAAUUCAUAGUGUUCGCAGGAUUAUUAAUGUUGCUUCUUGCACAAAUCCCAUCCUUCCAUUCCCUGAGGCACCUCAACCUCGUCUCCCUCAUUCUCUGCCUUGUUUACAGUGCAUGCGCUACAGCAAGCUCUAUCUAUAUUGGGUACUCCUCUCGUGCUCCAAUGAGAGACUACUCCAUUCCUGGCUCGGGUAAAGACCAGCUUUUUGGCAUAUUUACUGCAAUAUCUAUAAUUGGUACAACUUAUGGCAGCGGGAUUAUACCAGAAAUUCAGGCAACUGUUGCUCCGCCAGUAAAAGGCAAAAUGUUUAAGGGACUCUGCCUCUGCUAUGUGGUGGUGAUCAGCACCUUCUUUAGUGUUGCUAUAGCAGGAUAUUGGGCAUUUGGAAACCAAGCACAAAGCAACAUCCUUUCAAACUUCUUCGCUUCUGAUGGCAGUGUCCUUGUUCCUAAGUCGCUCUACAUGAUGAUCAACUUCUUCUGUAUCGUUCAAAUUUUUGCUGUCUCAGUGGUCUACCUACAACCAACCAAUGAAGUGCUCGAGCAGCUCCUCGCCGACCCAAAAAAACAUCAAUACUCUCCACGCAAUGUGAUUCCAAGAACCAUUUCUCGCUCAUUAGUUGUCGCCUUUAGUACCCUCAUUGCUGCCAUGAUUCCAUUCUUUGGGGAUCUCACUGCAUUGAUAGGAGCAUUCGCAAUCUUGCCAAUGGACUUUAUGAUACCAGCUAUUAUGUAUAACAUCACAUUUGGAUCAUCUGUGAGGAAGGCAAUUUACUGGGUCAACAUGGUCAUCAUCACAGUCUUUUCGGGGUUGACUGUGCUCGGCUGCAUUUCCUCUGUGAGGCAAAUAGCACUCGAUGCAAAGAGUUACAAGUUAUUUGCCAAUCUGUGA